GCUUAGUCGUAGUCGUGUGCUUGAUUUGGGAUUCAUGUUCUUUCAAAUAUUUCUUCGCGAUCGAAUCACGAUUCAUUCUUCUAUUACGUAGACACUGUGUGCAUUAAAUACUACGAUUAAUCGCGCUCUGACUUUGUGUAUAUCUGUGUUAUUUUACAAAUUAUUCGUUUCACCUAUGAAAUAUGAAUCAAACUUCUGCUCGAAAAUUUCCCGAUGUUGCUCUGUCUGCUGUGUUGCUCUGAAUGUUAUCGAUGGAAAUGUGUAGACAAUUUUAAUAAAUCCAGUAUCGAUUAAAAAUAGCCGAGUAUAUUACAGAGCUACGAUUUCGGCAAAUAAAAAAUUGACUAGUUAGCGAAGAAACGCUAAGGAUUUUCAAAUUUUCAACCUUUCAAAUUGGCUCUUCGACAAUAUCAUUUCUAUCAAGAAAAGUUUCGUCUAUUUGGAAAAUUAUAACCACCUCGUAGUUCUUUUUAAAAGAAUGGUGCUGGUGGUAAACGGAGUCCUACAAGAGGACAUCCCAACGGAUAGCAGAUCGCUGUACGUAGCUCAUCCGGUAUAUCGUGAAACUGCAGCCCAACUUCAUUCGAUGCCAGCAAAAUUAGUGGGACCGAUGGGACUUCUUUACGUACGUCAAAGGGAAAUGGCCGCUACUUUGCCACACGACAAAAAUGUGAGCAUCAUUGGCUCGGAUGAUAUGACUACCUGUAUAAUUGUCGUUGUGAGGCAUUCCGGUUCCGGUGCUGCCGCGUUAGCGCACCUGGAUGGUGCUGGCACAGAAGAUGCAGCAGCAGCAAUGAUCCAGAGGGUAACAGAACUCGCCCUUGGAUUUCCAGAGGGUCGUCUAGAGCUACAACUCGUCGGUGGUUAUUCCGAUCCAAGAAAUUAUUCUGAAGAAUUGUUUUGCAAUAUUCUUUCGGCAUUUCACAAACAGCCAGUGGAGAUCGAUCUAACUAUAUGCUGUGUAGGCGAAUUGAACACUACGAUAAGAGGUAGCACUCAUUGGCCGGUAAUAUAUGGUAUCGGAUUGAAUGUAAAAACGGGCGAGAUCUUCCCUGCAACUUUCCCUGACAAGGGACCCGACCAGGCGCUGAGAUGCGCUAGGCAUUUAACCGGAGGUCAACAGGUUCUGGAUGUUUACGACUGUACGCUUGGUUUACUUAGAAUCGGACCGUUCAACUAUGAUCCUUUAAGAGGGGUCGAUCUCUGGUUAGCCCAAUCCGAUCAGUUUAUUCUACAACAUCUUUCGACUGCGCCGGAAGUUGAACUGCCACAUUUUGUAUCACAGGUACGCGCAACACUCAAGUAUAUACAGGACAAUCAGUUUCCAGCUGUCACCGUCUUCCGUGAUAAUCGACCCCAUUAUUAUCGCCGGGAUGAAACCACCGGUGUUUGGCAACCUAUACGAUAUUGAUACCGAGUAUUCGAGUUAUGCGUGAAGGCUUAUAUGAAAGAUAUUAUUAAAAUGACGAUUAGUGAAAUUUUUAUGAUAAUACAAGAUUCCUAUAGGAUUCAAAUAAUUCAAAUAAUUCAAGAGUAACGAAAUGAAGAAUUUUUAUUAUGAAAAAUCUGCAUAAUAAUAUGGAUGGUACAAUGAUUGAUUUAUAUCUUAUGUUUUACCUUAUUUGGUAUUGCUGAUAAAACAUGUGUCUUUCGUGCUUAUUUUUUUUCAAAAUGGGGGUCCAAUAUCGCUGAAUGUGAUAUAACGUGAUUUAUAGUUGUGCAUGGUUUAUAGUUCUAUUUCAUUAUUUGCUAUAUUUAGCCCCUUGCCUUACGAUUUAAGUUCCAACAGCGCGUGUCGUAACCAUCGGCAGGGUUGGUCAAAUGUCAAGCUAUUUGACAGUCUGGUUGAGCAUUCGAAGUUGUGCAAAAUACUAUUAAUUUUUGCUGCAAAAUGUUUCAUAAAUAAUUACUACCAAUUGAUCAUCGAACAAGAUUUUUAAGGGUAUCCUAAUAUUUUUCAAGAAAAUAUAUCUGCGCGUCCAAAUGCGAUCAAGAAAAAAAAAAUAUUUGUCGCAUGUAGCCCGAAGAACGUACCACGAGUCUAACUCGUGUUUCUUAUGUUUGCCCCGAAAGACGCACCACGAAUCUAGCUCGACGUUGUAGGUUAAGGGGUUAACGAUAAGACAUACCACGACAGAUUUAGCGAUAUUCACCACUGAUUUGAAAGCGCAAUAAUAAGAAAAAAAGAAAGGGGUAAUGAGAUAACUUUCCUUAGAAUAAUACUUUCGAACGAUUAUUAUUAAGCGCGGUAACUUAAGAGUUUGUACUUUUCGAGAGAGAGAGAGAGAGAGAGAGAGGGGGGGGGAUACAGACAAACAAACAGAAAGACAAGAGAGUGAGUGAGUGAUUGAGCGAUUGACUGUUGAGUGAGUGAGUGAGAGAAAUGUGGUUGUUGUUGACUUUUGCUCUUUUAACUUUUAUUUUCUUUUCCAAGAAGUUUUUAUAUUAACUACACUCGCAAACUGUGGUUAUAUAUGUACAACAAUUUCAAUUCGAAGCGCUACCGUACUUUCAGAUAUACAUAUAUAUUUUCUUUAUGAUUCUUCAUCUUAAUAUUAGUACACAAUCAUGACCGGAUAUUUUACUUACAAUAUGCAUUUCAAGAAAACAUAAAAAGGCAUUACAAGAUUGAAAUGAUUAAAAAAUUUGUUUAUAUUUGCACGUAAUUUGCACGUGGCUGUUGCCUCGAUUUAUGUGCAUAUCUGCAUAUGUACACGGGCUCUCUUUCUUCCUUCCGAUGCAAAAUAGACAAGUUACUGAAAUGAACAUUCAGUAUUUUUCAUAAAAGCGAAAGAUACUUGUCAAAAAGCCGGAGAAAUCGCAUAUAUUGAUGUUGCGCGCAAAAGAAAUACCUUAUUAGCGGGGAAAAAGAUAAAGGGAGGAAGAGGAGGAAGAAAAGAAAAAAGAUCUCACAAUCCGUUAUUCGAAUGCGCGCGCGCGUAUAUAUUUACACACGACUCUUUCAUAUUACUAUUCUCUAUUCACUAUUCACUUUUUCAAACAAGCUCAGAAUAGGUAUUUCGCGGUAAUAAUAUUAGGUAAAAUUCAUUUAAACAUUCAGUUCGAAUAAUUUCCUUAUGUAAGCGCUUAGGACUUGAAGCGAUUUAAUGUACAGAUUGUCGGUUAUGUUGGGAAAGAAAUAAAUGAAAACAAUUACGCUUAUUCUUCGCUAUGGUGUGCUAUGACUGAAUAAGAAAAUAAUAAUUCAGUUUCAUAUAACAAUAGCAAACUAUCUUCGCCAAUCUUCAUUAUUUUAAUGAUGGUGGAACAGUAACUGAGAGAAGUAAAACAGUAAUUGUAAAGAAAUUGUAGAAAAAUCGAAAAGAUAUAUAUAUUUUUUACUGCAUCACAUAAACAGCGGCGUAAAGUCGCUUAGCUUUGCGAUACUUGAGGUAGCAACAACUACAUACAUAGCAGUGACAUUGGUGAUGCCAUUGACGUCGUUAAUGUUGAUAUAUAUUACGAUGUAAAGUGAGAAACGCUUAGAGAAAAUAUAUUUGCUAGGGAAAACUGUGUAAUAAUUGUUCGCCGUUCCAAUUAAUAAUAUUUUGCUGACAAUUAA